GAGGUGACCCGGAGGGUGGGAAGAAGAGCGGUGGCCUCCAGCCCUCGCGAUCGCUGGUGACCCUCCCUGGGACGUGCUGGGGAGGUGGGGGGGGGGAGAAGGGUCCCCAAGGGACCAGCCCGGGGCGCCACGAUGGAGGAGCCCCAGCGCGCACGGUCGCACACCGUCACCACCACCGCCAGCUCCUUCGCCGAGAACUUCUCCACCGCCAGCAGCAGCUUCGCCUACGACCGGGAGUUCCUGCGCACCGUGCCGGGACUCCUCAUCGUGGCCGAGAUCGUCUUGGGACUGCUGGUCUGGACGCUGAUCGCCGGAACUGAGUACUUCCGGGUCCCCGCCUUUGGCUGGGUCAUGUUCGUGGCUGUCUUUUACUGGGUCCUCACCGUGUUCUUCCUCAUCGUCUACAUCACCAUGACCUACACUAGGAUCCCCCAGGUGCCCUGGACCACAGUGGGCCUGUGUUUCAACAGCAGUGCCUUCCUCUUGUACCUCUCGGCUGCCAUCGUGGAUGCGUCUUCCGUCGCCCCAGAGAAGGACAGUCACAACUUUAACAGCUGGGCAGCCUCCUCGUUUUUUGCUUUCCUGGUAACCAUCUGCUACGCCGGCAACACGUACUUCAGUUUCAUAGCAUGGAGAUCCAGUACUGCACAAUGACCUGCAACUGAGACCAUUGAAAGGAAUGCUCAGAAGACUCUCACUGUUAAAAACAAAAACAAAAGCAAAAAAAAAAAAAAAAAAACAGCUGUAGGUUUAAUGUAUAUUUCCACAGAAUUGUAUUUAACUCAUGUUUUUAUAUCGUAGUGAAAUUUGCUCAUAGCGGUUUAUUACAGUUUAAGCUGGAUACUUGAAAAGUGUUGGGUCUUAUUAAAAAAAAAGGACCUUGACGUCUUCAUAGAUUAUAUUUUCUUACACAAUGUAUAAAUAAAUUGCUAAUAUUAAGGACGUGUCCAGUGUGUAAAGCUAACUGUUAAGAUGCCGGAUCCUUUGGCGAUUAAAUGUUUCAGAAUUCUA